AUGAGCAAAAUGUUAAUUAAAAGAAUGACUGAUAUCAGCCUGUCUUGCCAGCUGCAUUCAGAAUUAUCACGUAUUUCUGGUUGUUGUCUUUAUCGGAAAUUUGUAAGCUCAGCAUUACACCAAACCUGGUGUGGAACCAUGUAUUCAGUGUGCACCAGGGUUUCUCACAGACAUUGUACAGUUUGUCUUGUCAGUGCACCAACAUUGAGACUGAUCACUGCACCAACGUUGAGACUGAUCACUGCCAGACCAGCACUACACUACUCAACACAGGUUAAACAUACAAAUGUGUCUGAGAUGAAGUUUGAUCUCAACAACUGUCAGAAAGACAGAUUGUUAGCAGAGACAAAUUCUGUGGUAGAACCAAAUCUACAGCAGUCACUCUACACCCGGAUAGUGGAAUCAUUUCCUGAGGGAAUUCAGCUAGCAUUUGCAUAUGGCUCUGGAGCAAUCCAACAAAAGAACAGUUUAGAUGUGUCCAAAAAUAUGCUGGACUUUAUCUUUGUGGUCGAUAAACCGCGGCGGUGGCACCGGCUCAACCUGGAGAAACACCCUCACCACUACUCCUUUUUGAAACACUUUGGGCCUGAUACGAUCACCAGAAUACAGGACAGGUACGGGGCUGGCGUAUACUUCAACACUUUGGUGCCCAUGGAAGGACGGCUGAUCAAGUACGGGGUCAUCAGUACAGCCAGGCUGAUCACAGACCUGCUGGACUGGGAAUCUCUCUACAUCAGUGGCCGGCUGCACAAACCUGUCAGUUUGAUUGUGAUCCCCACAAAUGAGGAUCUUCUCACGGCCAUGAAGAUGAACUUGCGCAGCGCUGUCCACGCAGCUCUGCUGCUGUUACCGGACUUGUUCACAGAAGAACAGUUCUAUACCAAGAUUGCCAGUUUGUCUUAUGCUGGUGAUAUUAGAAUGGGUAUCGCGGAAGACAGAAAUAAAGUAGCAAACAUUGUACGACCAAACAUGCAGCUGUUUGCCCGCAUGUAUGCUCCUCUUUUACUGGAAGAGGAGCAUGUGACCUGGUGGCAGUCGGAGGGUCAGCUGGAGCAAGCCUUGACCUAUCACUCCAGGCACCAUCACCUCAAGUGUCUGCCGGGUCAGGUGUUGUAUGGCUUGUUGCUACAAAAAUAUCAGAUUGGAGUGUUUCCUGACCUGGAAGAGAUUAUCAAACGACAUGCCUAUGAUUCAGAAUGUGCCAAGUAUGUUGCCAAUAGCAUCAAUGACAUUGUGAAGAGAUCUAGUUUGUCCCAGAGUCUCAAAGGAAUCCUCACUGCAGGACUGACAAAGUCUCUCAGGUAUUCAUUAAACAAGGUUGUCAAGAAGAUCAGGAGCAGAUGA